GCAGCGUCUCUACUUUUACACGGAUUCGCGCUCCUGUUGAGAAUCUGUCGCCAUAUGCUCUCUCUCUCUCUCGUCUUGGAGGAACAGAGUGGAGGCUGUGAGGUAAUAGUGCGCAAGAGGGGGUGGUGGAGAGAAAGAGAGCGCGCGCGUGUGUGUGAGAGACUGGAUAUAGGACAGGCAUCAAACGAAAGCUCUCCUGCAGACUGGUCGGGAUCCCUUCGGCCCCUCGGUCCUUCAGACGCAUCAGCAGAGAGUUGCUGAAGACGCUUGGCAUCACAGAGGAAGGGGGAAGAACUGAGACACUCACAGAUCCCGGGCUUGGUGGCUGCAUGCUCAGUUGUCUCCAGCUUGAAGAAGAACAUCUGUACUAAUCAGCAGGAAUCAUGGAUUUUGUAAUGAAGCAAGCUCUAGGUGGGGCCACCAAAGACAUGGGUAAGAUGUUAGGCGGGGAGGAGGAGAAGGACCCGGAUGCAGCCAAGAAGGAGGAGGAGCGACAGGAGGCGCUGAGGCAGCAGGAGGAGGAGAGGAAGGCAAAACACGCCCGCAUGGAGGCAGAGAGGGAAAAAGUACGGCAGACCAUCAGGGACAAGUAUGGGUUAAAAAAGAAGGAAGAGAAGGAGGCAGAGGAAAAAGCGGCCAUGGAGCAAGCCUGCGAGGGAUCGCUGACACGCCCGAAGAAAGCGAUUCCGCGAGGCUGCGGAGAUGAUGAUGAGGAAGACGAAGAGAGCAUCCUUGACACCGUCCUCAAGUUUCUGCCUGGACCUCUACAGGACAUGUUCAAGAAGUAAAACUAAAAAACACAAAACAAAUCAAAUGAACCCUAAAAUCAGGGUCCGGUCAGGCAUGGGUGAGGCUGCGGGGCAGAGGGAGGAAGGGUUCUUUGGGUUAACUGAAAAGAGAUUGAGGAAAUUAUUUGUUGGGGUUUGAGUGUAGAUUCGGGGCAUGUUGAGGUUCUUGGGAUCACAAUGAAUUUGGGGAAGGGUGGGGGGGGGUGUCCUCAUCAAACUGUUAGAGGCUACACACUGCCUUUGUAGAGAACCUUUACUUUGCUUUUUCUACUCUUUGAUGACAGUGUCAUUCUUCCUCUUUUCUUUACUGCAGUAGUUGUAAAACUUUCACAUUUCUUACACCUGAGUUGUUUUGCACUUGUUCACGCCCAUUAAGAACAGACGGAGCAUGGCCAUCGUGGAGAACAGCAUUGGACGACAGUGGAUUCGUGUCUGCUUACUUUUGUGUUUAAAUGGCACUUCCACCGCGUUUUCCAGUUGAUGGAGCAUGUUCUGUUUAAAUCAAUGGGUGUUUUCGACUUUUACAAACCUCGUGUAGACCUUUAUAGUACAAGAAAUCAACAUUUGAGUUUUUAGGACACGUGCCUUCAUAUCAUCUCCUCUAGCAAAGGAAUUGUAAAUGAGGGUUUCAUUUUGAGUCAACGCUGUUGGUAGCAUGUAGGCACUCGUUCAAAGAUACAAGACUGGACAAUUUUGGAAUAACUUAUUUGAUAUUAGGAUUUCUAGUGGGCAUAUAUGGUUGAUGAUGGUGCCAAUGUUCAAAGCAUCCCAACUGGAAAUGCCAGAAUAAUUGCAAAACAUUAAAAUAUGAUUUGUAAUUCCUUUUAAGAUCAAAAGCUUCCAAAAAAAAAAAAAAAACGGUCUGCGAAAAAUAGGAUAAAAAAAAUAGAUCCCUUCUGCUUCCACCUCUAGUUUUACAAGAGCUUUUCUAAUCUGGUCAGCUGAUUAGACUGCCACUACGUUUUGACAGAAGAGAAACUUUACAGCUUAAACAUUUUAAAAACUCAUGUCAACGUGUGAAUUUUCAUUCAUCAUAAGCUAACAGACCAAGUUGUCAUGAUUUAGGUGGUGUGGGUGCCAUAGACAAUCAGAGCAUUGACCAAUGGGAUACUGAGGGUUGCUGGUACAUGCUUUCAUCUCCACUAGCAACGGGUUGAUUUGGUUACUAAGCACUUGAUUAACUUAUUGGUGUUUUUCACACUUUCAUUAACGUGCUGAAAUUGAAAUUGACUUCACAUCCCACCUGAGCUAACCUUUUCCUUCAUCUUUUAAUGUACAAAUCUACCUUGACUGUCACUCAUCGACAUCCAGACCAAAGAAAUGCUGGUAAGACCUUAUUUCUUUCGUCAUAAACAAAGACGUGCAGGUGUAACUUUUAUUUGCAAUCAUACGUGCCAGGCCUGCAGAAGACACACAGCAAGCACGUUCAGCGCGUGCAUGCAUCCCAGGGACCGCCGCUAAGCUAAAACCGAUGCUCUGUUUCUUCCUCAAAGGUAUUCCAUAAUUAAUAGGUAAUGUUACCGUAGACUGAGCCUGGGAUAACUGGUCUGUGAGUUGUUGUGUCUCACUGCCUAAAAAGCCUACUAAUAUUCUGCAUCCUGCAUCAGUUAAUCCAACUAAUAUCAUAGUGAUUUGUCAUGUUCAAAUAGGUGUACUGUAGAUGAAAACAAAAUCUAUUUACUAUGUGGACAUUAAUCAA